CUCGCGUCUCGCGCUGUGGAAGUUGUAGUGGAUGCACUGGCGCUCGCGCUAUUGAAAACGCGUCUGUGUGUUUUCCGUGGAUUUACAGAAGCCAGCAGAUCCACAGACAUGCUCGGGACUCACCUGUGAUACUUGUGUGUCCUUCGAGAUAGGAGGUGUUGCGCUGGACAGACUGACGUCUCCUGCAGGACAUCAUGUCGACGGCAGUUGCGGCGAUCGUGAAGGAGGGAUGGCUCCACAAAAGAGGUGAAUACAUAAAGACGUGGAGGCCACGGUAUUUUCUCUUGAAGAGUGACGGUACGUUCAUCGGUUAUAAGGAGCGGCCGCAGGACGUGGAUCAGCUGGAAACACCAUUAAAUAACUUCUCGGUGGCACAAUGUCAGCUGAUGAAGACAGAACGACCCAAAGCCAACACAUUCAUCAUUCGCUGCCUGCAGUGGACCACUGUCAUCGAACGCACCUUCCAUGUGGAGAGCCCCGAGGAACGGGCGGAAUGGACCAAAGCCAUCCAGGCUGUGGCCGACAGUCUGCACAAACAACAAGAAGAGGAGAUGAUGGACUCGUCUCCUGACCCCAUGGACAUGGAGAUGUAUUUGACCAAACCUCGAAACAAAGUGACUAUGGAUGAUUUUGAAUACCUCAAGCUCUUGGGUAAAGGCACGUUCGGAAAGGUGAUUCUGGUGAAGGAGAAAGCGACUGGAAAAUAUUAUGCCAUGAAGAUCCUCAAGAAAGAAGUGAUUGUAGCCAAAGAUGAAGUGGCUCACACACUCACUGAAAACCGUGUCCUUCAAAAUUCGAAACACCCCUUCUUGACGGGUCUGAAAUAUUCCUUCCAAACUCACGACCGCUUGUGUUUCGUCAUGGAAUACGCCAAUGGAGGAGAGCUUUUCUUCCACUUGUCACGAGAUCGUGUUUUCUCGGAGGACCGAGCGCGGUUCUAUGGGGCGGAGAUCGUAUCGGCGCUGGACUACCUGCAUUCAGAGAAGAACGUGGUCUACAGAGACCUGAAGCUGGAGAAUCUGAUGCUGGAUAAAGAUGGACACAUAAAGAUCACAGACUUCGGCUUGUGUAAAGAGGGGAUCACUGAUAAAGCAACCAUGAAGACCUUCUGUGGAACUCCAGAGUAUCUGGCACCUGAGGUGCUGGAAGACAACGAUUACGGCCGCGCGGUGGACUGGUGGGGUUUGGGCGUGGUGAUGUAUGAGAUGAUGUGCGGACGACUGCCCUUCUAUAACCAGGAUCACGAGCGCUUGUUUGAGCUCAUCCUCAUGGAAGACAUCCGCUUUCCUCGCACUCUCGCUCCGGAGGCCAAAUCUCUCCUGUCCGGCCUGCUCAAGAAAGACCCGAAGCAGCGGUUAGGUGGCGGCCCUGAAGACGCUAAAGAGAUUAUGCAGCACAAGUUCUUCACAGGAAUAGUGUGGCAGGACGUUUAUGAAAAGAAGUUGAUUCCUCCGUUUAAACCGCAGGUGACCUCAGAAACGGACACCAGAUAUUUUGAUGAAGAGUUCACAGGACAGACCAUCACCAUCACACCACCUGGAACAGGUAACAAUAUGGAGGCGUCUGACAGCGAGAGGAGACCACAUUUCCCACAAUUCUCUUACUCUGCUAGUGGAAUGGCCUGAAACAUUACAUCAUGUGCCUCUUGUACGCCUCCUUCAUCCCUCAUCAGACACUUUAGAUGGAAGUUGCUCAUUUCAAUGUAAAACCAAGAGCACAGAAACAGCUCAUAUACGCAGACUGAUUUACCGGUUUGUUUUUCACAUGUCAUUUGGUUCGACUUUCUGUGGCCUUAUGUGUUAUCAAUGUUCUUCUGAGGAUGUGAGAGGGAACACUAUAACAUUUCCAGUCUACCAAUCAAAAUCAUUAGUAGUAAUAUAGAUUGAAAAUGCAUUAUGUAUCGCUUCUUUUAUCUGCCAUGAUACCCUUCUGAAUAUUGAAAUGGAAUAGCUAAUUUAAUGCCAAAUCCCAUUUUUAUCCUUUUAUAAAACAACAUGUGAAUUGACUGAUUGAAGCCUAUCAAAUGUUGUGUAAAUGUGUAAUUGUAUGUUUCUGUACCCCUAAAGUACUUAUGGCCUAAAUGUCCCUUGCUUUAGUAAAUAUUUGCAUUGAAUGUGCAAUACUGUAUGAAAGGAAAUGUAGAUAAAUUAGUGUUGUAAUUAUUCACAUAAAUAAUGACUGAAUUCCCCCCAAAAACAACAACAAAAAUAACAACACAUCUGUCGGUCAGAUGUGUUGUAUCUUUCACCCAACGGUCAAGAUAAACAUUGAAACAUUUCCAUGUCCAAGAAAUAAUAGAAAGAAGUAUCGUUUCUUUUGUUGAAACAAUAAGAAGUUGAUUCUCUUUGUAUUUACUGUACUAUUUUUUGUAUUGUGGCAAAUACAAACCCUGUCACCCACACGUUGUAAUCAUAAUCAUUUAAAAAUCUGAUUCAAAACUAGGCAAAAUAAAUGAUUUAAUAUUA